UCCUUCCUGCGCGGGCUGUUGGAGGCGCUGCGCCGGCAUGGUGUGCGCGUUUCUGCUGGAGAUCCGGCGGGGCACGCAGAGCGCCUUGCUCGUUAUCCGCGAGGCGAGCUUGCGGAACCUGCCGGCCGACAUCUCGGUGGCUCCGGGCCGGCUGGAAGUGAGGAGCAGCUCCGCCUGCGGGGUGGCUGCGUUGCCGCCAGGGGUCAGCCUGGCUCCGUCCUCCUGCCGCGGGCUGCGGCGCCUGCACGGGGAUGGCCUGCACCUGCACCUGCGGCUGCGCGAUGUGCCCCGCGCCCCGGAAUUGGUUUAUAAUCUGAGGGAAAGCCUGAAACCACAGAAGAGUUACAUCUUUUACUGCCAGUCCUGUGGUGACAUCAUAGUAAAAGAAAGGAAAUUUUUCAGAGUUCUUCCUCUACCAAGUGAAAACUGGAGUGCUUUAGUAGAAGAGUGGUGUUGUCACCCUAAUCCCUUUGCAAGAAGCACUUUACACCCUCAGCAUGAUGACUGUUUUCUUGGAGAGACUUUUCUCCUGUUGAAUUCAAGAAAUGAAUCAUAUGUGCCUGAAUCUCUCAAGUGCAGCUCAGAGACUGAACAUGAUCACACUUCUCAGAAUGACUCUACCCUGAAAUCAAAGGAAAAUACCAGAGUAAUUUGUGAGCGCUGCAAGACAACACUGGGAGAAACAGUAUCAUCAGAUACUGUUAAAUACUAUGUGACUGAGGUGAUUGUUUGGCCAUCUGAGGAAAGCUUCAGCACAAUACCAAGCAGGUCUCAAUUCAUACAGAGUAUGGUUGCUCAGUGUCUUGUGGAAUUGUCCUCUGCUAAAAGCACAUUUAGAUUCACCAUAAAAGGUGACAAUGGAAGGAUCUAUAUUCUGAUAUGGCUUUUAAAUUCUGACACAUUGCUGGUGGAGUCCUCAGGAAGUUCCUCCUCCCACAGUGUCUUUACACUGUUUGGCGAUAAUUUCAUGGCAAGCUGUGGACCAUCAGGGAUGUGGAGUGCUGUCAAAGUUCUCUACCAGCCGUGCAUUAAUAACAGGAAUAAAGACCUUGCUGAUGCCUGGGAAAAUGAUUUUGGAGUUCAUCCUUUAAAGUUUCCAUCAGAAACGUGUCUGGAAUUACUUCUGAUGCUGAGUUUGAGUACUGCUUCUUUACCCCCUUCAAUUCAGCGCAUGAACUCUUUUCAGGUUGCCUUUCUGAAGCUGUGAAGAUCUCAGUUACCUAUGUAGAAAACUCUUCUCAAAUUCCCUUCCAUCAGACAUAUACAGAAACCUUCCGAUGGUGUGACACCUGAAAGAAAAUCUCCUGGCAGUACAAAGCAGGAUGAGCUAUGGCACGCAUUAUUCUUUCUAUCUGGAAGAGAUUCAAAGCCAAAGACGGAGUUAGCUUUUACAUCCAGUACAUUCUUAGAUGUUGUUGUAAGAGUGACUGCUCACAUCAAGCUGGACUAAGUUAUAUGUAGUCAAUACUACCUUUGUCCGACAGUAUUGGGAGUCCUAAAAAGACAGGCAGCAAAGAAGGGAUCUAAUAUAUUUAAUGUUAUGGAUGCUGAAGUGUUCUGUUCUUUCUUUGCUCUAAUAAACUUAGAAGGCCGACUAAAAUACAUGUUUAACAAAAACUAGAUUUUGUAUGUUUAUCAUGUUUAUUAUUUCUGCAUUAAUGUUUACCUUCCUUCUUGGGAGUGAAGAAAGACCGUGUUCAUGUUAGUAUACCAUAUGUAAUAUUUUGGGAAACUGAUAAUGUUUUGAAGAAUCAAGACUUGAUGGUUGUUUGAACUAAUUAUUCCUUCAGCUUCAAAAAAGGGUAUCCCCAUGAGAGCUGCCUUUUCAGAAACUGCCAGAAAUGAAAGAUUAUUGUCCAUUUUUGCUCUGCGUGCUUACCUGCUUUUCACAGGAGUUUUUUCACUGGGCACAGAAUCUGUUACCAUUUUUGUUUUUGGAGUGAGUUGGAUUUCUGUGACUAUCCAGAAUGUGACUGAGUAAUUGCACAGAAAAUCUUUCCCAAUCUGUUGAAAUGACCCCUAUUAUGGUUUUGCAAAUACAGAGCUAUCUUAGGUCACAAAAUAUGUGCUUUUGGGGUUAAGUCUCUGUCACAUCCUGCUUCAUUUGCUACUGUGACCAUACAGAGUAAAUCUGGCAUUAAUAUUAUAUUUGGUUGCAGAGUGAUGUGCGUAGACACUUCAUCAGUUUUUGGGAACAAGGAAAAGCCUUCUGAAGAUGAAGAAACAUGCAUCAGCCCCAUCCUGCCAUGCUCCUGCUGUGGCAGUGCUACAGCUGAGCAAAAUCCUGCAAAUCCUAAGCAAAUCUUGAGGGAGCACCAAGCCCAGCAUGUACACUGAUAACACUGAGCCUUUUAGGAGCUUGCCUCCUGCCCUCCUGCCUGCAUGUACUUAAAGCUGCUGCUUUUUUUGUUUUUUUUUUUAUUUUUUAUUUUACACCCUUGUGCAUUGGUGUACAGGGUCUGACUGGGAUGGAGUUAACAACUUUUGUAGCUACCAUGCUGCAGGUUGGAUUUGUGGCUCCAACAGUGCAGAUAACGCACUGCUGUUCUGGCUGCUGCUGAGGAGUGCUUGCACAGCACCAAGUCUGGGCCUUUUUAUUUCCCCCUCACAUCUUUCCCUCAGUGAACAGAUUGCUGUUGAGCAGGAAACUGGGAGAGACCACAGCAGAGACAGGUGGUCUCAGCUGGCCAUAGGGUUUGGGUACAUAUGUAGCUUGCUUACCCUUAAAGCAUGUAAACAAACACCAUGGAGAUAGGAAACUGCUCCAGACAGUAGCUGGCUGCCAGCUGUUUUUUUGUUUUUUUGUUUUGUUUUAAGAAAAAUUUGAUCCUACUUAUUGCUUUCUCUGUUUUCCCCAUUGUUUUGUAUCUGUUACACUGCAUUUUUUUUUUCAGGGCACAAAGUAUGUUUAUUCUACUUUCUAUAGUGUCAAGUACAGCCUCAGUGUUAAAGCCGUGAGAAUAAAUCAGCUGUGACGUUAGGAAGUACCCACUCACAUUAACGGAGAUAGAUGUGCCUCCUCCACUAAUGUGCAGUUUCCAGACAGUGUAAGGCAACAAGAAGCUAUUUAAAAUGUCAGCUUUAAUUUUUACAUGCUAUCAAGUUGUAAAGAUUGCUAUUGCAAAACACCUCCUAUGUGUCAGACAAGGGGUGUUCUCCAUUAGCACCAAUGGACAACAUUAUUGUUCCUGUCAUUAACAGGUCAAGUGUAGAGCUUGUUACAUUCUUUAAACAAGCUUGACCAUUAUAAUGAACUGGGAUAGCUAAGCUGUCAUACCAAGUUAAGUCUCAAUUAUUUGGUGGUUAUUUUAUCUCCAAAAGUAGGCUUUCUAGUUUAGUUUCUAUCACCUCCAGUGUAGGCUAGGAUAUACUGAAUAAUAUUGACAAAAGGAUUGAUGCUGGUCUUGCACUGUGAGCUGAAGGGCAAGUUCUGUCUUGCCUCUGUUUCACUUUUUUGUGUGGAAAACUUUGUAGAUAUAAGGAACAGCUUUAAUUAAAAUUUACAAUACGUGUUUUUGCACUUAAUUUUGGAUUUAAAUGCAAGUGUGUUUCAGUAAUUCUUUCUGUUUUGCUGCCUUCAUUGUUGGUCCUCCAGAACAUCACUAUGGUGUCAAUUUUAGACUUUGCAUUCUUUCGUUUCUCUCCUAGCCAACUCUGUUCCAUUGUAAAUGACAGAUUUCUUGUUUGAGGUACUGCAUCAGCUUAUUUGCAUUGUUCCUUUCAGUUCCCCUCCAGCUUUUCUUUUUAUCUUUUUUUCGAAGCACUGCAAAGUCCUCAGAUGGACAAGUUACAGAAACAUUGCACAACCCUGUCUUCACUAGACUUCUUCAGUUUCUUUCAAAAUGGGCUGAAUUGCCUCAUGGCAGAUGCCAGGGAGCUUUUAGCAAUUUUCACUGAAUAUCAGGAAUCUUGCUGGUCCACAUGCUAUAACCACUCAUUACAACGUUGUGUCUUCGAAUAUCUUAUUGUGACAGGCAAGUGUGAUAUUUCUGUUAUUGCAGACAGCAGAUGCUGUGUUCAGAUCUCAUGGUGCUAUAGUUCAGGAAAGUUAGAUAACAUUCUUUUAAUGAUAACCACGAAUAUUUGUCUAACUGCUAAUUGUGUAUAAUGGCUCUUGCUUUGUCCCUGUCCAGUUGUCUUACACACUGGAUUGCAUUGGUCGUUAUAUUACAUGCUCAGUAAUAGAUGCUCCUUCUAUCUGCUUGUAUUCCAUGAUGAUAUAAAUGCCUAUCAAUUUCUCAUUGUAAAUACUAGAAAACAGUUUAUUUUAUAAUAUAAAAUGUCAUUUUAACUUGCA